CGCCGUGUUCGAGGAUAAAUAAGUGGAGCUUGCAUGCUUCAAUUGUUUCCCGAGCUGGAGUAUCUAUUGGUUGCAUCGAUUGCAGUUAUUGAUCACGCUACCAUACGAAGGUCAUGUGUUUAUGUUUGUAGCAUUUAUCCUAUUGUUUGCACGUGUAGCCAGCCGCAAUCCCAGAGGAUCGUUGAUGACUCGGAAGCGUCCUGCACCAGAAGUAGGAUUCAUGAAUCCAUCUAGCAAAAUGCCAACGAGAGAAUGUUCAGUAGUUGAUGUCCAAGCCAACGCGGAUGCAAACAACACCAGUAGCAUUCCUUCGGUGCGCUACCUCCCAGCUCCGGAUCAAUCGUUUUCCGACCGUAAGCAGUACAGAUCGAUUCUGUUAGCAAAUGGUUUGCAUGCAUUGUUAAUAGCCGAUCCAACAGAGAAUCAAAUCAUGCGAGAUGCUAACAUAACGCAACGAAAUGACGGCGUGUCCACGACGUCAUCAGACACCGAGGAAGAAUCAGACGGUGACGAUAAUAACGGACGGUCAAAAAGCGAAACCAGUGAAGAAGAUUACAUUAGUGAUAGCAGUGCUAAUGAACCGACGUCGAUUGCCGAAGCCGAAGGAGAAAAGCUUGCGGCUGCUGCCCUUUGUGUUGGUGUUGGCUCCUUUAGUGACCCUAGGCAUGUACAAGGCCUGGCGCACUUUUUAGAGCAUAUGAUUUUCAUGGGAAGCAAGGCAUAUCCUCAAGAAAACGAAUAUGAUUCUUACAUAAGUAAAUGUGGUGGAUUCGACAAUGCUAUAACAGAUUUGGAGGAAACGACUUUUUACUUCGAAAUCGACGAAGCUCAUCUCGAAGGAGCUUUGGACCGUUUUGCUAGCCUUUUCACAGACCCAUUGAUGUUGCGUGAUUCUGUAUGUCGUGAGCGGGAUGCGGUUGAGAGCGAAUUUCAAACGAACAAAAAUCGAUUUUCUUCCGCUCGUGAGCAAUUAAUGGCAUCGUUAGGACGUGACGAUCAUCCGUGCAGCUUGUUUUCGUGGGGAAAUUUAGAAACUCUCAAACAUAAUAUUACGGACGACGAAUUGUACAAGACUCUGCACGAAUUUCAACGCAAACACUACUCCGCGCAUCGGAUGCAGUUCGCCGUGCAAGCUCGCAUGAGCUUGGACGAUUUGGAAGCUCUUACUGUUAGGUAUUUUUCGAAAAUCCCCUGCAAUGGUUUGCUAGCAGAAGAUUUGUCGAAAGUCUACAACGAAAAAAAUGCAUUCCGAGAUGAAUUUUAUAGCAAAUUGUUCAUAGUCAAGCCGAUAUCCGAUGUGUGUCAAUUGGAUAUUACAUGGUGCUUACCACCCAGUGUAAAGGAUUAUCAAGUGAAGGCCAUUGAUUACAUUGCUUACGUUAUGGGCUAUGAAGGGAAACAUAGUUUAACAAGCUACUUGCGGAAACAUUCGUUGGCAUUGGAUGUGCACACAGGUGCAAGUUCUGGGUUUGAGAAAAACUCGCUGUACACACUGUUUAGCGUUUCAAUAGUAAUGACGGAUCACGGGCUGGAAAAUGUUGAACAAAUUCUCGAUGCCGUCUAUUCAUUUGUCCGAUUACUGAAACGCGAGGGUCCAGUUGAAUGGAUUUUCAAUGAACUGCGAGACCUUGAAGCCACUUCAUUUCGUUUUCGCAAGGAGAAGGAAGCAAGCGAUAACGUAGAAGAGUUGGUAGUCAACAUGCGUUAUUAUCCACCAAAAGAUAUCAUUACUGGAUCCGAACUAUACUUCAAAUAUGAUCCUGAUGAGAUACAAAAGGUGAUUGAUAAUUUAAAUGAGCCACGGUUCAACCUCAUGAUAUCAUCUACGAAGCCGUAUCGAAAUGUGACUUAUAAUCGAACUGAGCGAUGGUUUGAAACCGAAUACACAGAGAUGGACAUACCCGACCAAUGGCAACGUUUAUGGGACGCAUCUCAACCAAUCUCAGAAAUAAAGCUUCAGGAGAAAAAUCCGUACAUUUCAACAAACUUCACCAUUCUCGCAGAUGAAGAUCAUACAUUGCAGAUACCACCAUAUCCAGAGAAACUAUUUGCUGACGAUGUAUGCGAAAUAUGGUUUCGGCAGGAUGCAAAAUUUCGGCUGCCUUCCGCCCUAAUGUAUUUCUACAUCAUAUCUCCUCUACCGUUCAAUGAUGCUAGAAGUUCUGCUUUAACUGGGUUCUUUGCUUCAAUGGUAAAGUUUCAAAUAGCAGAGGAACUAUACCCGGCAGAAGUUGCUGGGUUAAACUAUGAAUUGUAUUCGGCCGAGAAAGGGCUUUUGUUCAAAGUCGAUGGGUAUAGCGAAAAGUUGCCUUUCAUUGUGGAUGAAAUUACUGCCAAGUUGGGACGUUUUGCGGCCAUGUUCAGCGAAAGUGUGUUUGAUGUGAUCAAAGCUAAACUAGAAAAGGCUUACUACAAUGAACUGAUGAAGCCUAGUAAAUUAAACAGAGAUGCCCGUUUGAAGGUUGUAAGUCCAAAUCAUUGGACGACGUGGGAAAAAUUUGAACAUUUGAAAAAGUUCACUCCUGACGAUGUACGGCAGUUUGCAGGAAAUUUUUUCAAAGGUAUCAAAAUACAGGCACUCGUGCAAGGUAACGUAAACAAUGAAGCUGUUAAAUCGACGAUGCAUAAGUUGUUACAAAAUCUGAAUGGAACAUCCAUCACCGACAUGCAAAGUAUCGAAGCAAAAGCAAGAGAAAUGCCAAUUGGGGAAAACUACUUGAGGAUAAGAAAUUUUCGCGAAGCAGACGUGAAUUCGGUUACUACUACAUUUUACCAAGCCGGCCCAGUAACGCCUUUUUUAAACGCUUGCUUGGAGCUUCUAGUGUCGCUGUUAGAAGAACCAUUGUUUGAUAUCUUACGGACAAAGGAACAACUGGGCUACGAUGUUUCUACUUCACUGCGUGAUAAUGCCGGUAUCCUCGGUUUCUCGAUAACAGUACAUUCGCAGGAGAACAAGUUCAGUUACGAGCACAUCGACGAACGGAUUGAGCUGUUUAAUCGCCACUUUGUCGAGACGUUGCAGAAUAUGAAAGAUAAAGACUUUGUUCUCGUUAAAACUUCAUUGAUUCAUCGUAAGCAAGUGGUUGAUACAGAACUUAAGAAUGAAGCAAGCCGUCAUUGGGGAGAGAUCACGGCUGAGGAGUAUAUAUUCAACCGGAACAAGCUAGAAGUGGAACACAUUGAGGGUUUGUCCAAGUCAGACGUGAUAGAGUUGUUUAGAAAAAUGGUAAUUGAUCCAUCAACCAGAAGAAAACUAUGCGUACAGGUUGUCGGUAACAGUGGUCAACCUGUUGCAAAUGAUCCGCCAAUAACAGUCACUGACUCGUGUAGUGAAUUUAAAUUGAAUUAUUUGUUACCAAACGUUUCACAGAACCAUCAGUCCCACAUACAUGAUAUAGGAAAGUUUGUCAGUACGUUGCACGUUUAUCCGUUUACAAAAAUUAAUUUUAAUCGCGUUUAGUUAAAGUUCAUUCAGCAAAUGUUGAUGCACUAUGUACGGUGUCCCAAAUUAUUUGUUUUGCUUCAGUUGUUUCUCAUUCUGCUGGCGACGGUGUUGUUCGAUGAAACUGUUAAAAUUCAUAUCCUCUACUUCGUCAUCGCCUGAAAGAAAAGAGAAAACAAAGGAUAUGUGUUUGUCUCGUGUACGGUAUCCAAAUAAAUUAAUGUUUUUCGCCUUA